AUGAAAAGAUAUUUUUCUAUUAGUUGUAAAAUCCUUCAAGACAGUGAAGUUUUUAAAUUAACAACAAAAGAACGAUCCAUAAUAAGUAGCAUUCCGCAAUUAAAACAAUUAAAAGAAACAAAUGACACGAAAAGGAACUUUAAAGCAGAUCACAAUUUGUUCUCAAAGAUUGAGGAUGCGAAAGAUGCAAUUGGAAAGUUCAAUAAAAUGGAUGAGUACAAAUUGGAUAAGAUAACAAAACUAGGUGAAAUAUUUAAAGUAACUGAUGAUGGAUAUCUAAAUUACCAAGAGGGAAAGACUAAUGAUGAUCUACCUAAUCCUUUCCAACAAUUAGGCAAGAGUAGAUUAAGUGUAACCAAUUUACUUACUAAAACCUGGUGUGAAUUAAGAGAAUAUUAUGAUAUUUAUUCUAAUAUGCCCAAAUUUAUAACAAAAAAUAUUCGUUUAGGUAAAAAAGGACACUCUGCUUUAGAAAGUUCUGCGCAUAAAGUGUUUCCAGAAUUAGCAGAUGUCAUCUCGGAGGUUCAAGUUCCGGCAAGUAAGAAGUCUGAAAUAGCUAAGUUAGUUGAUGAUGUGGAUCAAUUUUAUAAUUUUGCCAGUUCAUGGUGUACAAACAUUGUAAGAAUAGUUGAUUUAUUUAAAAAUGGCGAAGCUAGAGAAAUUUUGGUGCAUUCAUAUGUUGACUGUAAAUCGUCGGAAUUUAUAAAGGAGCUUCCUUUGCAUAAGAACACUGUAGAUGGUAGCCAAAAAGAAAUAUUGAUCAGUGGAAUAAUUGAUCAUUUGAAAUUGGAAGGGACCUUACCUUUAAUUGGACAAUUUACGAAGACUCUGGACACAUUUAUUGAUAUGGGAAUUCCUAAAUUAUUGGAUAAAAAACAAGAAAGACUUAAUGAUUACAAGAUUUCUGUGAGUGAUAUUAAAACACGCUCCAGGUUAUCUAUUCCCUAUCAAAAAAAUGUAAUAAAUAGUUCCAAAUUGCAAGUAAUGUAUUAUAGAUAUUUUUUGGAAAAUUUAUCUUUAAAUCCUGAACACACUUAUUAUAAAUUAUUAUUGAAUGCACAAAAAAGAAAUUAUGAUGUUGAUAAGCCGUUGCAUGCCGUACAAAUAAGACAUUUAUUGACUUAUUAUGGUGAUUUUUUUUAUUUGGACUUUUUAUCAUUGAAAAGAGGUGAAAAAAUUGGAUUUGUUCCACUUGAUGAAUUUGGCGGUGAUUAUGAUGGUGGAAAAAACAUUUUUAUUAAUGAUUAUGAUUUUAUAUCUCCUAAUUUAAAGCAAAUAUAUCCUUUGCUAUUCGAAGGCACAUGGUAUAAGUUACCGACAUUAAGAUAUUUGGCUGCGAGGAUGGCUCAACUUUACCAGGUUUUCCAACCAAACAGAUUAGAAAAUAAGUUAAGAAUUGAAUAUUAUAUGGGAAAGUAUAGAUUUGCUGAGAAAUUAUUUGAAUAUGACUUUGGGGAGUUAAAUAGACAUUUACACGAUAGCAUGGGGUUUUGGAUGGGUAAAAGACAAGUUUCACCGGUUAAGUCUACUUUGAAAACUUUUUCUAUAUACUGUAAUGGGUGUGAUUAUUCGAAAGUUUGUUUGUAUAAAAAUAAAAAUGUGGAUGGUUUUAAACAAUUAGGCAAUUCAUUAAAAAAGAUAUAUAGUGACAGCUAA